UAAAUACAGGAUGGUCUUCCUUUUACCCCAGCUUAACAGUGGUUCAUCAUGGAAUUCCAUGUUGUGAAAUGGAAGUUGGAGAUGUCUGUCUACCUCCCGGGCAUCCAGAUGCCAACAAUUUUGAUGAUUCUGGAGUUUUUGACACAUUUAGGAGCUAUGACUUUACACCACUGGAUUCCUCUGCUGUUUAUGUACUAAGUAGUAUGGCUCGCCAGCGUCGUGCUUCCCAGACAAGUGGAAGUACCAGCGGUCCAGACUGCGAGAAAUCAGAACAGAUCACUGGCUCUGUGCCUUCUGGAUCACCACACCUGCCUUGUAAUUCAUAUAAUAAAUCCAGUAAAAGCCUAACCUCAGGGACAGCAAGCACAUUGAGCACCACAUCUCCUACAAAUAACAAAUGCAAGAGACCAAUGAAUGCCUUCAUGCUCUUUGCCAAAAAGUAUAGGGUUGAAUACACUCAGAUGUACCCAGGAAAGGACAACAGGGCCAUCAGUGUAAUUUUAGGUGACAAGUGGAAAAUGAUGAAAAAUGAAGAGAGGAGAAUUUAUACAAUGGAAGCCAAGGCUCUGGCAGAGGAACAAAAACGCCUUAAUCCAGAUUGCUGGAAAAGGAAACGAAGCAACUCUGGUUCUCAGCAGCAGUGACCAGAAAGCUUUUGAGACCCACUUUAUCCUCUACUUUCACCAUUUGGAAUGAAUUUAGAAAACUGGAUGCAAGUGAGCAAAGACUCAGUGUAUCUAUCUUUCAUUUAAAUUUGAGAUUUCUUUUGUGUGAUAAAUCUAUAUUUAGACAAUUGUAAUAAAAUAAGUAUAGUUUGCUUUUUAUAUAAAUGGCUGAAAUUGAGUUGUAAAUCAAAGCAUUUAAUCUUUCUGACUUUUCUAAAACUAUUGCAUGUUGUAAAUGGCCAUAAUACUUGUUCUUCCAAAGUUCAGUCAAAGGUUAUUUCAGGUAAAUAUAGCUUUAGGCUUGAAAACUUUGUACUAAAAUCCUGUGGUGCUAAGGUAAGGGAGGAAAAAGUAGGUAUAUAAAGAUGUCUAUUUUUAAGAUUGUAAAUGGGUAAAGUUUAAAGUUCUGUAUAACUGCUGUUGUAUCAUGAUUUGUAUCACUCACUAUAUUGCACAAUUUUAAUUCAAUUAACUUUAUUUGCAAACGGUGGGGGAAUUAGUAUAUGUAGCAGGGAUACUCCCAAAUUUACUUUGUGGUGUUUUAGCCAACUAAAGUUGCCAUAAAACUCGAGGCUUGUAUUCAGAAUUGGGGCACAAGCAGCACUUGGGCCACAAUUGUGCUAAAAACUAUUGCACUUUAAUGUUUCUUGCAACAUUACGAAAAGCGAGCACGUGAAAAUGACUCAUGCAAUGUGACAUUCUCAUGGAAUGGCAUUUAUGCCAUGCAGUGUUGAUAUUACAGUCACAGAUCAACAUUUAUGCAACUGCUUUAACUCAAGUAAAUUUAUGUCUUUAUACAUGCUGUUGUCCCACAGGAACUCUUGCACAAAAGUACAAACUAUUUUUAUUGUAUUCAAGUUAAAAUAAAUUUGUAAAAUUUUAA